UGCACCAAUCUAAAUUCGAAGAAAUCUGUCUUCUCACCAGCAUACCUUCUUUCUCUCUCUCUCCAAUGUCUCGUUCGGCACUCGCGCUCUUCGCUCUCCUCGCGCUCCUCCCCGCCGCGGCCCGCUGCUCCGCCGCCCCGCGCGGCGGCAACGCGGCGCCCCACGACGGGGAACUCGUCCGCGCGUCCUGCUCCCACGCGCGCUACCCGGACCUCUGCCUCCGCACGCUCAACUCCUACGCGGGGCCCACCGACAACCCGCGGGACGUGGCCCGGGCGGCCCUCAAGAUCAGCCUCGCCCGCGCCCGCCGCGCCUCCAGCUACCUCAGCGGCCGGGCCUCCGGCCUCAGGUCCAAGCGGGAGCGCGGGGCGCUCGCGGACUGCCUCGAGCAGCUGUCGGACUCGGUGGACGAGCUGCGGCAGUCGGUGGCGGAGCUGAAGCGGCUGCGGGGCGGGGAGGAGCUGCGCUGGCAGCUCAGCAACGCCGAGACGUGGGUCAGCGCGGCGCUGACGAACGAGGACACGUGCCUCGACGGGUUCCAGGAGGCGGACGGGACGGUGAAGGACGACGUGCGGGGCAAGAUCACGGACGUGGCCAGGGUCACGAGCAACGCGCUGUACCUCAUCAACCGGCUCGACGAGAUCACGAGCCGCCGCCGAAGCGGCAGGAAGAGGAGGCCGGCGAGGAGGGGCGGGUUCGUGACGGUCGGCGACGACGGACGGCUCUGACCUCGCUGGAUCGUGGAAUGUGUCGUGGCAGAUUACUAGUCUCGUGGGUCCAUCAAAACCUCCUUUCUCUCUGUCUCCUCCCCCCCCCUUUCCCCUUGAAGUUAUAAAUGUGUGAUCGAGUUUGAAUUUUGGACCGACGGCAUAUGUGGAUUUGUAGAUACACAGAUAUAUGUGUCCGUGUUCACGUUUGUGGGCAUGGUAUAUGGUGUUGAUUUUCAUUUCUUCGAAGUAGUUUUGCAUGAGAAGUUAUUAGACCUAUAGAGUGACUUGCGGUGUGUUUAUGGAGUUGUCUGUAGACUAUAUACGCGUGGUACAUCUUAAAAUAUACAUAAGUCACAUGCUUCCGUUGGCCUUU